AUGAAUUAUAGCAGAUCAUAUUAAGCAAUGAGACAAUCUGGAUAAUCUGGUGCCAUUUAAACUACAUAUAAUGAAACACAAUAAAUUCGUUAUAAAGAGGAUAGCUUUUAAGUUUCUACUCAAUAAGCUAAUUGGGCUUCAACUUAGUUACUUGGAAAAGUUGAUGAAAAGGAUUUCAUGGUUGUAUAACGUUCUAAGACUUACGAAAAAUCAGAAGCUGAAAGAUAACAUCAUUAUGAAGAAUUAAUUUAAGAUAAUUUAAGAAUGAGGUAUUACAGAUAAAAAUGUAUAUAGAGAAGUUAUUGAGUAAUUAAAAAGAGAAGUAGCCACAUAUAAAUCAAGUUCAAGUACAGAUGUGACAAUUCUCAAAAAAGAAUUGUAAAUUACACAAUAAGAAUUAGAAGCCUGUUAAAAAGAACUAAUGAUGUUAAGAAGUGAAACAGAAUUAAAAAGUAGAACAGAAAUUGAUAAAUUAAUGCUUGAAUUAGAUUAAUGGAAACGUAAAUAUGCAGAACUUGAAUAAAAAGAUAAAGAUAAUGCGGAAUAAUUAAAACAGCUAGCGUAUUAUUAAAAUAAAUUAAAAUUAUCUGAAUUAGAAGCAAAAAAGAAAUUUGAAAAAUAUCAAACAGUUGAUUUAAUAUAAUAACAAUUAAAUGAUUAAGAAGCUCUCAUUGAGGAAUUAAGAUUAGAAAUAUAAAGAUGGAGAGAUAAAUAUGAUGCUUCUAUCUUAGAAAGUCAAGAAAUCAGAAUUAAAUUAUCAAAAAACGAUUAGGUCAAUUCAUUAGAGGCUGAUAUGGAAGCAUUAAUUCAUGAAUUGGGUUAAUGGAAGGAUCGAUGCAAAGUUUUAGAGGCUCGCCAUUAAACAUCUGAUGAAGCUAAGUUAUUAGCAAGAAUAGAAUAAUUGAAUCGUUUAUUAGGUGAAAAAGAAUAGGAAAUGUAAAGAACUCGUCUUACUAUCAGUUAAUAAAUGACUUAGUAAAUGAGUUAAUAAUAAUCAUCUAAAUUAACUUAAUAAUAAUAAUAAAUAGCUGAUUAUGAAAACUAAUUAGAUUAACUUAGAAGAUAAUUAGAAGCUGCACAAUCUAAAAUUGAUUAAUAAAAUUAGGAAAUGGAAGGAUUCCGAUUAUCUGCUAAUGUCUAUAAUUCAGAAAGAUUUGAAGAAGUUGAAUAAGAAAAGUGGAAAUUAGAAAUUUAAAUCGAAUAAUUAGAAAAAGAUUGUGAUACAUUUAUGUUAAGAAUCAAAGAACUUGAAGAUACUUAUUCUGAAUUAUAAAUCAAAUACAAUGAAUAAAAUGCAAACUAUCUUAGAUAUAAAGAUAUUGUUGAAUCCAAUUCAUCUAAAUAUAAGAGUGUUGAAAAUCUAUCAAAAGAAUUAUAGAAUAUUUAACAAGAACUUGAAGUUUGGAAGAAUCGCUACUUUUAAACAGAAAUCAGGUUGAAAGAAUAUGAUUAAUUAAGAAUAGAAUAUGAUGCAUUGCUCAAAUAGGGAAAUAAAUCUGUCACAAAUGUAACAACAAUAAACAUAGAAAAUGAUAUCUAGUACAUUUAAUUGAAAAGAGAAAGAGAUAAUUAUUAAAGAUAAAUUUAAGAAUUAGAAAUGAGAAUUAGAGAAUUGUAAACUGGUUCUAUAAGAAGUUCAUAAGAUGAGAAUUUAAGAAGAGAAAGAGAUAAUUAUUAUAGAUAAGUUUAAGAAUUAGAAUCAAGAAUUAGAGAAUUACAGGCCAGUUCUUUAAAAAAUUCACAAGAUGCGAACUUAAGAAGAGAAAGAGAUAAUUACUAUAGAUAAAUUUAGGAAUUAGAAUUGAGAAUCAAAGAAUUUUAAUCUCAACAAAAAUAAUAAUAAUAAUAAGUAAAAUAUAUUUAUGAUGAUUAAAAAAUAAGAGAAUUGGAAACAAAACUUUAAGAAUACCAAAGUAAAGUUUCAAUCUAUGAAACAAGAAUUAGAGAAUUUGAAACAAGAACAAAGGAAUAUGAAACUAGAAAUACUUAAUCUUUGAUAGAGAAAACUGUUGUAAUGACUGAUGAACCAAAAAUAAAAGAAUUAACUGAAAUUAUCUAAUAAAAAAACCAAAAAAUACUUGAAUUAGAGAUGAACCUAAAUUCUAAUUCAUUAAACGCAAGUUCAGUUAAUACAAACACAGUUUUAGUAAUUAAAGAAUAAGUAAGAACAAAGGAAAUAAAAAUUAGAGAAUUAGAAACUUAAAUAGAAACUCUCUAAUUAGAAAUAGAAAGAUUGCAAAAUCUUAAGAGAGAUUAAGAUGCAAGAAUUAAUAUCAUGAUUUAGAAAGUAACAUUGAAUUAUAAUUUAGAUCACUGAAUAUGAAUCUCAAAUCAAUAUUCUAUAAGAAGUUAAAUUAAGAUAAUCAAAAAGAUCCCCUUCUUAACAAUAACAAAUUACUACCUCAACGACUUUAAUAUAAUAACAAUAACCUAUUGUAUAAACAACAAGUUAUGUUUAAUAGAGUACAACUUCUAAAAUUUAUUAAUAAUCACAAUAAAAUCUAACAAACCCAACUCCCAUAUCUUAGAAUUAUUAAUAUCAACCAAUUUAAAAUAAUAGUACAACAACAACAAAACAUGUGAUCAUCACUAAUGAUGUUGAGAAGUAAUAUAUUGAUAAGUAUAUAUAAGAAAUUUGUAUCCUAAGGAAGAUAAUUUAUCUUCAUAAAUUGUUGAUAGAAUUGGAUCUAGAGAUUAUACGAAUUAUUAAGUCCCUUAAAUAAUUGUAUCGUAAUACAAACCCACAAAUUGAAU